CGAAUGACCUGUAACAUCGAACUCAUCCUUCAGACAAAUUCACAAACAAGAAAACCAAUAUUUCCAACACAUCACUACUCAGCUUUAGAAAUUCUCAUCAACCGUUUUAUCAAAACAAAUGUUGAAAGCAAACCAAAUCAAACAACAUUCAACUUUAGAUUCAUGUUGGCUAGUGAUACAUGGACAUGCAUUUGAUGUUACCGAAUUCUUACCGGAUCAUCCAGGUGGUCAAGCGAUCUUAUUGAAGUACGCUGGAGCAGAUGCAACUGAAGCGUACGACCCUAUUCAUCCACCUGGUACCAUAGAAGAAUAUUUACCCAAAGAAAAACAUUUAGGGAAAGUCGAUCCGAGUGAAUUAAAAGCACUUCAAUUAAUAGAAAAAGCUAAAAACCCAAAUCCCCAUCCAACUACAACUGAAAGCUUACCACCUUUAUCAAAUUGUUUAAGUUUAUACGAUUUUGAAUCAUUAGCAGAAACCAAACUUUCAUCACAAGCAUGGGCAUAUUAUUCAUCUGGAUCAGAUGAUGAAAUUUCAAUGAGAGAAAACCGUUUAGCGUUUCAAAGAAUUUGGUUUCGUCCUAGAAUUUUAAGAAACGUUUCUAAGAUUGAUUUUUCGACUAAUUUAUUAGGUUCUAAAACUUCUAUACCUAUUUAUAUUACUGCUACUGCAUUAGGAAAAUUAGGUCAUGUUGAUGGAGAAAAGAAUUUAACAAGAGCAGCAGAAAUAGAAGAUGUAAUUCAGAUGAUUCCUACACUCUCAUCAGUACCAUUUCUAGAACUUUCAAAUCCGAAGCAUCAAUCUCAAUGGUUUCAACUCUAUGUGAAUGCAGAUCGAGUGAAAACUGAAGCUUUAGUAAAACGAGCUGAAGCAAAUGGGAUCAAAGCUCUAUUUAUUACUGUCGAUGCUCCCCAAUUAGGCAGAAGAGAAAAGGAUAUGAGAUUAAAGUUUGAGACCCUGGGAUCUGAUCUUCAAGAGAAUGAAAGUAUAGAUAAAUCACAAGGUGCUACUAGAGCAAUCAGUAGUUUUAUAGAUUCAAGUCUUUGUUGGGAUGAUAUACCUUGGUUCAAGAGUAUAACCAAAUUACCCAUAAUCCUCAAAGGUGUACAAACCUGGGAAGACGCAGUGUUGGCAUAUGAAUAUGGAUUACAAGGUGUCGUUCUCUCUAAUCAUGGUGGAAGACAGUUAGAUUAUGCAAGAUCGGGAAUAGAAGUUUUAGAAGAAGUAGUCCAAGAAUUCAAAAAACGAUCAAUUUAUGAUUUAAACAAAUUUGAAAUUUAUGUUGAUGGAGGAAUUAGAAGAUCAAGUGAUGUUUUAAAAGCAUUGUGUUUAGGUGCUAAAGCUGUUGGAAUCGGUAGACCAUUUCUGUAUGCUUAUUCUACUUAUGGAGUUCCAGGUGUGGUAAGAGCGAUUCAGAUUUUGAAAGAUGAAUUGGAAAUGGAUAUGAGAUUGAUUGGUGCUCCUACUCUUGAUGACUUGAGACCUGAAAUGUUGGAUAUCAGUUCACUUAAGAAUAGAUCAGCAGAUACUUUACCUGAUUAUAAAUUCCGUCAGAAUUAUCAGCCAUUGCCUAAGAUCACUCCUGGUGCUUCAAAACUUUAAGCAAAUUUAUAUGAAGAAUUAUUCAGAUUCUUGGUAUGUAUGAGGUGCGCCAAAAGUAGGGAGAGGCGAUAGAUAUGAGUGUUGUUGUCUGUUCUUUGAUUGUUUUUAUCUCAAUCAUGACAUCCAAAGUUCACUAUAGUUGAACCUCUACAAUUCCAACCUGUAACCUGUCCUUUAAGUUGGUGUUCUUUUAUGUAUUACCUUUGUAACAUGAUCAUUGUAUUCUCUCUCUUUUUCAAGGUUAACUAGUCUUCGAUUACCUC